CAUGCGCACCGCUCACGAUGGGGCGAAGCGUGCGCAAUCCCCGACCUUCGCCCAAGCCUGGGCUUGAAAAGUUCUCUUUUUGUCGUGGUUAGGAGUAAAAAUAAUCCCCACUAAGCAUCUAUUGUUCUGUAAAAUGUAGAAAGGAAUGCCUGGUUGGUGCGACCUUUAACCUUGUAGUUACACAGAGUCUGUUCAGGCUAACCAGGUUCAGGGGUCAGGAAAAUGGCGGCGCUCAUAUCGUGGAUCAGAGCUGGUACUCAAAGUGGAUUUUUGGCUUUUCCACAGUCAGCAAUUAUUGCUGUGAGAUGGGCAUCCAAAAAGGCAGGUGGCAGUUCCAAAAAUCUGGGCGGGAAGAGUCCUGGUCGGCGAUAUGGAUGGAAGAAAGGCGAUGGGGAUUUUGUUCGUAUAGGAAACAUUUUGGCAACACAGCGCCUGAUUCGCUGGCACCCAGGAGCCAAUGUUACAAUUGGUCGGAAUAACACUCUUGUCGCUCUUGAAGAUGGAAUUGUCCGUUAUACUAAGGAGAUCUAUGUACCACCACCCCGCAGCUUAGAGAGCAUGAAAGUGAUCUCUCGCCUUCCAAAGGGGACACUCCUUUACAAGACAUUUAUCAAUGUGGUUCCAAACAAGCAGGAAGGUUGCUUUAAACUGGUGGAAAUGCUUUGAUCCUGUGAUGUGGCAUAACAGAUUAAUGGAUGGGGCAAAUUGUUGGUCUUUGAAUGACAUUGGAUUUAUUCUGUUAAGCUCCUAACAGCAGCUUUAUUUGAAUUCUAUAAAUUUCACAAUUGACCCAGUGCAACCCCGUGAAUUGACACAGGUUCCUUCUGGUGAUGUUGUAACACCUGGUUUCUUGAUACUGCUGGUAUUCUUUGUGAACUGGUGUAGGGCAGUGGACGUUAUAUUUGCAGCUUCUGUUGUAAAGUCAAAAUCGUACCCUGAGCUAUGUUCAUUAUUUUUACGUGAUGUACUUCUCAUUAGAGUUGAAUUUGUUUGUGUUUGUGUUAUGUAAAAAGCCAUUGGCAAAAAUACCAACACACAACAUCUGGACAUUGCAGACAAGCUGCUAACAUCUCUCGCUGCUAAACUACACACUGUUCUGCUAGUUUUCUUCAGAUUUAGUAAAAUAAUAGCUUGAUUAGGGUACAAACCCACAAAUGGUUGAUAUGUUGCAGUGUAGGUCUAAAAUCAAUCACUCUUAAAUUAUUUGUGAACUUGCCACAAGAAUGUCAUAGACUCUCAGAAAACAGAAGGCCAUUCAAACCAUCAUGCUUAUGCUGUCUUUUUGAAAGAGCUUUACAGUUAGUUGUAAUCCCUGGUCUUCCCCCAUAUUCUUGCAAACAUUCCCUACAUUUAGCCAGUGGGUUAUUUGUUAAGAUUGGAUAACAGUCUGCCAAAAACCAUCACUCACUUAACAUCAAUAAGCUAACUUUUUGGCUUGCUCGCAUCCAAGAGUGGAAAUUCUGACUAAAAUAAACUAAUUAGCUUGAUACAGAUAUAGUAGGAACUGCAGAUGCUGGAGAAUCUGAGAUAACAAGGCGUAGAGCUGGAUGAACACAGCAGGCCAAGCAGCAUCAGAGGAGCAGGAAGGCUAAUGAUUUUUUUCUGAAGAAGGGUCUAGGCUCAAAACAUUAGCCUUCCUGCUCCUCUGAUGCUGCUUGGCCUGUUGCGUUCAUCCAGCUCUACACCUUGUUAUUUCUAAUUAACUUGGUAUCCUUUGCUCUUUAUGUGCAUGUUCCUUGCAUAAGAAACAGUGACACCUCACUUUCAUUGCUGUCCAAAUACAGGUGUUACAGGUUCUAUUUAAAAGAGAAGUGAAGUCGUAUUUUUUUUGUUUGUUUUUCAUUCCAUUGUUUUCUCUGAUCUCUUGUCCUGAUGGCAGAUUCAUGUUCAGGUGCAGAGAUGUUAGCCAGUUUUGUUUGCCUCAUUUCCAUGUUCUUCACCUGCGAACCCAGCCUGGGUCUAGUACGCUGUUUAGCCUGAAUAGAGUUCAAUAUCUCUCUUCCCACUCUUAACUGUUUCAAAUUGCACUCAAUUCCCAACACAAUAAAACCUGCACCUUGAUGAUGUGACAGCCUUCACUGCUUUCACAGUCUAUUGACUCCUGCUGCAUGGAAAAUUGCAUCAAAUACCUGCUCCAAGCUUCUGAAUGUUCCAAAAGACAUUAAAGACAAUUGCAAACAAACUAAUGUUUAGUCUGAAACUUACAAGCGUUGGAUACUUGUAAUUCACAGAAAAAAAACUAGUACAAAACAUAGCUCACAAUUUAUAAAUUGUUGCAAAACAAAAAUAUAGUGUGGUCCUCCUCACAGUCACGGUACACUGCAUUUCUACUCUAUCCCUAUGCAAUCCCUCGAUGAUUGGCACCACACUCUGAACUGUACUCCUUGGAUUGUUAUCGCCAGCACUCUUCCAUACGGAGUACUGGUUUGAAAAAAGUGCACACAGCCCCCCAAAAAAAAAACACACUCACUAUCCUGAAUUCUGUUGGGUAGCCACCUCCUGAAAUAUACAAUACAGGAAACCCUCAUUCUCCUCGAUGCCCCUCGGUGAUCUCAGCUGCCUGUCACGUUCAGAAACCUUGAGCUCAGGAUCUUGUAGUUAAAAGUACCCCAUACACAAGUGGUCAUCCAAGAUACAUGGACCUUAGAACAUGUGAUGCUUAAGAUGGGUGGUGAAGACAUUUACAGGACUAAAAUCUCAUUCAUCUUUGCUAACUGAGAGCAUACAGAGCUCUGGAUAAACAAAAAGAAAAUGCUGGAAAUUGGAAAUAAUAACAGAAAACACCAACAAUCAUUGUGGUGAAUGGAAAUGCAUUAGAAUAACCAAGCCUAGAGAUGACAAAGAUGGAUAAGAGGUUCAGUGGCAGAGGGGCUGCAAUGUUGAACAAGUAGAUGUGGGCCUAGGAUGAUGAUUAUGGGUUUAAAAUUCAUUUCAAUAUCAAAUAGAAUGCCAAGGAUCCAUACAAUUUGUUUCAGUCCAAGUGAGACUGAAAUCAGUGCUUUAAGAAGCACUGCAUUAAUAAGGAACAGUGACACAUUUAUUAAAUACAAACCAUACCUGACUACUUGUAUUGAAUUCUUUAAGUUCAAUAGAGAUGAUUGAUGAAGGUAGUGCAGUAGAUGGUGCAUAUGUUGACCUAGAAAAUUCAGUUGAAAAAGUAUCAAUUAACAUCCUCAAUUUGAUCUUAAGGGGAUAGUGAUAGCAAUAGCUUGAGAACAAAUUUGACUAAGAUACACCAGAAUGUAGUUGUGAAUGGAUGUUAUGUCUACAUCAGUGUAAGUGAUGUAAAGUGUUUCUUGAUAUUAACAAUAACAGCUAUUGAGAGGUAAUUAUAAAAACAAAGAAUAGUGGAUGCUAGGAAUCUGAAAUAAAAAGAGAAAAAUGCAAGAGAAACUCAGUAGGUCUAUCAGCAUUUAUGGAGAAAGAAACAGUUAACAUUUUGAGUCCAAUAUAACUUUGUCAGAACUCAAUUGCCAUCUAUAGAAAAUAAUUCCAAAUCUCUACCAACUUUUCUUGAAGCAGCCCCUCCAUCCUAAUCCCACUCCUACCAAUCUUUCAAAAAAAAUCUGACUCUAUCUUUUAACUUGCCUCCUAGACCUAGACUCCCCCAACAGCAGAAUAAAUUCCAUCUCCAUCCAGUGUGAGUACCAGUUCUUUACUCCACCCAAAAUCAGUGACCAAUUAUAUAUCGCACACAGUAUCAAGCAGCAAUUGCCAUGUGAUUCUGUCAAUUAUUUACUGCAGUCAAUGAUUACAACCUGUUAUUUAUUCCAUCCAGUAUCUGCACUAAUUAAAUAUCAAACACUGAAAAUAUCCCCUACCUAACGUCAGUCACUGGUUAUAUAUCCAACCAAGCAUAGGCUGCUGAUUAGACUUGCUGCUUAAACUUGUCCGCUGGUUAUAUACUCCAUCCAAUUUCAGUGCCAGUUAUUUAUUCCACCCAACUUUUAUGAUCAGUCACAUAAUCCACCCAGUAUUAACUGCCAGUUAUGCACUGAGCUGCGUAUAAACCACAGAGCAUAAAGGACUCCAAAUGAAAUCAGGUGCAAGUUAUAUAGUCCAUCCAAUUUUCCUCUCCAUUAGUUAGAGGUUAUCGCGGGUAUGUAUGUUGUUAUAAUGGGAUUAAUUUGAGGACUAAAUUAUUAAAUAUUACAUGUCACACUUGCAUUAAACAUGCAGUUAUUAAUCGUGUGAUUAAUGUAUAUAACAAAAAUUUGAAUUGUAAAUGGAAAUUUUAACAAACAGUUCAAGCUCCAUCAAAGUGAUCAAACCUUCAUUUAAAUCUAAACUAUCUGUUUCAAAACUCAAUUUUACUUCUUUCUCACCUCAUGAAACGAGACAAUUUACAUGUUUCAUGUUAUGGAUCAACUGUUGAUUCUAUUGUUCUCUCAAAGAGAAAUACAUCUGUUUGUCAUUUAUGCCAAACCUUUUCCUUCUAAUGUUUUAUAUUUUUCUCAUUAAGCAGAUAAUUAUCACUUUAGAAUUAGUUUAUUGUUGUCAGCAUUUUGAGAUUUUACAAUUUAAGAAUGUUUUGCAACAUUAUUAAUCAUCAUUCUUGUCACUAUUCUACAAAGUUAAACUUUUGAUUGUACAUCUGUACUGUUCCAUGUCAAUCUCCUUCUUCUCAAAAAAGACACUGAUUACCAUCUGUACAAAUUGUUAUCAAUUUGAUGAAUGUUCCCUACAAUUUCUACUGUAGUACCUUAAAUGAGGUUGAGAUAUAAACUGAUCAUUGCUUUUAAGAUCAGCCUAAAGUGAUUCAUGCUGUCCCACUGAACAGGCAAAAGCUAAAUGCUUCUUUAUCACUACUAUAAGAUAGUCAUCAUAGACUCAGAGGACCAGAGGGCUGCUGUCUUAUUGGAGAGUGAUGCCUGCUGGUGGUUUAACCUGAGGGUGACAUCUCAGAGGAGGGGAGAAGCUGAGAAGCACAGUCCUUCAUAGUUACCACAGUUAAUAUGGAAAUUGGCAUAACUUUGCAUUAUAAACCAACCAUUCAGCCAAACAAAAUGGAAGAGGAGGCUAUUCAGCUAAAUAAUAUUGUUGUACCAUUCAGUAAAAUCACAAAUGAUCUGUAACUUAACUCCAGCUGGCCUUGUUCACGUAACCCUUAGUAUCCUUGCCUGAAAAAAAACCUAGUCAAUCUGUUGUAAGAUUUUCAAUUGACCCUCAAAUUCAACUGUUGGGCAAAUGGAUCUGAUAUAUCUAUAUGUAUUCUCAACAUGUGUUCAAAACAUGAAUAGAACUAAUAAGGGUAGACAUUACAGAGGUCUGGUUACAAAGACACCAAAGCUGGGAACUAAAUAUUCAGCAUAUGUGACAUUUUCAAGGGACAGGUAAGAAGGAAAGGGUGGUGGGAUAGCGUUGUUGAUACUGGAUAGAAUAAAUUCAAUAGCAAGAUAUGAUCUUGAAUCAGAAACACUGGUGCUUCCAGGUGCAAUAUUGUGUAAUAUUCAUUUUGCAUUUGAGUUGGCUUCAUUUGUUUAGUCUCAGAACUCAACAAACUUGAAGUUUUGAUAUUGAAAUCAUACAGGUCCUCAUUCUAGCCGUGAUACCAUCCUGAAUAAUGUCUUUCCAGAAGACCUAAAGACAGAGGACCAGAAGGAGGCCAUUCAUCCCAAUUCUUACAUGGAUGCAGGUAAGAAAUAAAAAGGGGAAGAAGGCACUGGAACUAAUAAUCAAUAGGCCCCCCCCCCCAGUAGCCACACGGAAAACAGAUGAUAAAUCAGGAAAUAAUGAGGGCAUGUAACUAAAGCAGCUGGUAAGAUGGCUAUUUUGCAAUGCCAGCUGCGUGAGUUCAAUUCCUAUGCUAGCUGAGAACACCAUGAAGAGCCCAUUUUCCCAACAUUAUCCCUCGCCUGAGGUAUGGUUACUAUGAAGUUAAACUCGCCAGUCAUCUCUUUGUUAUGAGAGUGCAGCCCUACGGUCCACUGGGACUAUGGUAACUUUAUCUUACCAGACAUGGAGGAGUUUUAUUGAGGUGAGGUUGAGCAGGUCAGGCCUGUACUCAUUGAAAUUUAGUAGAAUGAGAGUUGACCUUAUUGACACAUCCAAGAAUUUUAGGGACCUUGACAAAAUAUAUACAGAAAGAUUGCCAUACCUCAUUGAAGAGUCCAGGACCAAAGGACAGAAUUUCAGAAUAAGGGCACACACGUUAAAAGAGACAUGAAAGAAUUUCUUUUCUCACGUGGUCAGAAUCCAUGGCAUUGGAGAGGGCUGUCAAGGUUGGAUUGCUAAGUAUAUUCAAGGCUGAUAUAGUCAAAUUUUUAAUCAGAAUGUAAAUCAAGAGUAGUAGAAACUGCAGAUGCUGGAGAAUCUGAGAAUAACAAGGUGUAGAGCUGGAUGAACACAGCUGG